GCGGGAAAGCAGCCGGGGUUAAAGAAAGGUACUGCCAUGGGCUGCGUGAAGAGUAAGGAGAAUAAAUGUCUGUCAGUGAAAUGUGAGAGUUCUUCUCCUCACGACCAGACAGCCACUCUACAGGGACAUUAUGGACCUGAACCUAAACAGACCCCUCAGAACCUGAACCCAGCCCCCACUGGGUCCACCCCAGGUGUUAAUACACACUCCAAUCCCCAGACCUGCCCUCACACACACUUUGGAGGUACAGCUGGAAUCACGCCCUUUGGUGGAGUUUCCUACAAUACUGCCGUCAGCAGCGGUCCUUUUUCAGGGUCUGUAAAAGGUGGUGUCACUUUUUUUGUCGCCUUAUACGACUAUGACGCCAGAACCUCAGAUGACUUGUCCUUCAAAAAAGGCGAACGCUUUCACAUCAUCAACAACACGGAGGGGGACUGGUGGGAGGCCUGUUCUCUAGACACAGGACUGAAGGGCUACAUUCCAAGCAACUACGUGGCUCCAGCUAACUCCAUACAAGCUGAAGAAUGGUAUUUUGGGAAGAUGGGGCGGAAAGAUGCAGAAAGGCUUUUGCUACAACCAGGAAUCCAGAGAGGGACUUUUCUCUUGAGAGAGAGUGAGACCACUAAAGGCGCAUUCUCGCUGUCAGUCCGUGACUGGGAAGAGGACAGAGGAGAGAACGUGAAGCAUUACAUGGUGCGGACAUUGGACAGUGGAGGAUAUUACAUCACAACACGAGCACAGUUCACCUCCCUGCAGACCCUGGUCAAACACUACUCUGCUCAGGCUGAUGGUUUGUGUCACAAGUUGACAGGUGUGUGUCCGACAGUGAGGCCACACACUCAGGGUUUGGCAAAAGAUGCCUGGGAGAUUCCACGGGAGUCCCUCACACUCCAGCUCAAACUGGGACAGGGCUGCUUCGGAGAGGUCUGGAUGGGCAUGUGGAACGGUACCACUAAAGUGGCGGUGAAAACACUGAAGCCAGGGACCAUGUCUCCUGAAUCUUUCCUCCAGGAAGCUCAGAUCAUGAAGAAACUGCGUCAUGACAAACUGGUGCCACUGUACGCCGUGGUGUCUCAGGAGCCCAUCUAUAUAGUGACUGAAUACAUGGGCAAAGGUAGUCUACUGGAGUUCCUCAAGAGCCCUGAAGGGAAACUUUUCAAACUCCCCCAGUUAGUGGACAUGGCAGCUCAGAUUGCUGACGGCAUGGCGUUCAUUGAGAGAAUGAACUACAUCCACAGAGACCUGCGUGCUGCUAACAUCCUGGUGUCUGACAGACUGGUGUGUAAGAUUGCUGACUUCGGCCUGGCUAGACUCAUCGAAGACAACGAGUACACUGCCAGACAAGGAGCUAAGUUUCCUAUUAAGUGGACGGCACCAGAGGCUGCUCUGUUUGGUCGUUUCAGUAUUAAAUCAGACGUCUGGUCAUUUGGUGUUCUGCUCACUGAACUCGUCACCAAGGGCAGAGUCCCUUACCCAGGCAUGGUGAACAGGGAGGUUCUGGAGCAAGUGGAGCGGGGUUACAGGAUGUCCUGUCCACAGGAUUGCCCUGCGUCUCUGCAUGACUUUAUGCUGCAGUGCUGGAGGGCAGAACCAGAGGAGAGACCCACCUUCCACUACACACAGAGCUUUUUGGAGGAUUACUUUACUGCCACAGAGCCCCAGUAUCAGCCAGGGGACAACCUGUGACACACACACACCCACUCAAAUGCACACAUGCACACACACA